AUGGAAUUCGGUCUACUACAGGAGGAAAGUGAUAUUGUCUUCGUGGAAGAUUUGGACGUCUGGUUUACGAACGUUUAUCGAUACUGGCACCAUAAGGGUUUUGCAACUGUGCUCGUAUCCGGCAUAGUCCAUGUUUUCACACUCGCGUUCACGAUCAUUUUCUCCACGUUUGUCACCCUCAAACUACGCGAUACUGUCAAGGAGGCAACAUUCUUAGGUUCUUAUUUGCCUUUAUCAUUUUUGGCGGACCCUGCAAGAUAUGGGCUCGACAUGUUGACGCUCGCAUAUGUUGGAGUGUUCGGAUCAUAUUGGCUCUGGAGCUGCGGGGCGACAUGGUUUUCGCUCCGAGAGGCAUGGGAAAUCGGGCGUUUCUAUGAACUGGAACUUGAGAUCUCCAGCCGAGAGCUUCGAACUCUCAGGUGGAAUGAAGUUAUGCUUCCGCACGGGAGCACGCCAGGAACUGGUAGCUUGAAUAAGAGCACCAUGAUCACGGCGCAUGAUAUUGCGUGUCGCAUUAUGCGGAAAGAGAAUUAUCUUAUUGCAAUGCUCAAUGCAAAUACCCUCGAUUUGACGCUACCUCUGCCAACAUUGUUCACAGGUCGCGUUUCGUCACUAGACACAAUCGCAGCACGGGCUCGACUGACGAAGACUCUCGAGUGGUCAAUUCACUCGUGCCUCUUGGAUCACAUAUUUUCACGACGUUUUGUCGUGCGUCGGGCCUUUUUGGAAAACGAAAUGGCAUUGAGGCGCCGCUUUGUCAGGGCAGGACUGGUCCACGUGGCACUCGUGCCGUUUGUCGCGGUAUUCAUGACCAUGCACUUCUUCCUCCUUCACGCGCAAGAGUGGCACGACAAGAAGCAUUAUCUCGGUCCGCGUGAAUGGUCACCUGUUGCGCAAUGGUCCUUCCGGGAGCUGAACGAGCUGCCCCACGUCUUCGAAACACGACUUGCUGCAAGUCGCAAACCGGCUAAUGCAUACGUUAGCCUAUUCCCGCGCCCUGUGGUCGCUACGCUAGCGCGCUGCGUCGCUUUCGUUAGCGGCGCACUUGUUGCAGUCCUCCUCGCCCUUGCCGCCGCUCUGGAUGGCGGUGACUCAAUCCUCCUUUACAUAAAGCUAGGUGACCGAAACCUCAUUUGGUAUGCAGGAGUUGCCUCUGCUGCAUUUGCAAUUGCUCGUGCAUUUGUUCCUUCAAAUAAGCACGAUACUGCAGAAUGCAUCAUGCAACAUAUUGCGGAUCACACACACUGCUUCCCCGCAGAGUGGCGUGGCAAAGCACACACUCAAGAUGUUCACGAUGCCUUCUCGCGAGCAUUCCAGUACAAAGCAUGGCUGUUUUUCGACGAAGUAAUGUCAGUUUUUUUUGCACCUCUCAUCCUUUGCUUCUCCUUGUCUUCAUCUGCAUCCAGCAUCCUGCAAUUUGUGCGCGACAAUACCGUGGAUGUCGACGGACUUGGAUCAGUCCUUGGUCACUCCCUUUUUGACUUUGACACUUAUGGUAACGUCAAGUAUGGUUCGCCCAUUGAAGGAGUAAAGCCAACCGAAGGUGGCAAACUGGAGAAGAGCUUUUUGAACUUUACGCUAAAUUACCCAGAGUGGGCUAAGGGUGAUGAGCGAACAACUCGCUUUCUGGCAAGUGUCCAGCAUCGUGCCUCUGCAACCAGAGGCGGUGAAACACACUCGCUCGACCUAGAUCUUCGUCGAUGUGCGAACGCCAGCCGCAACGGCAAUUUCCACCAUCAGCGAAACGGCCAAUAUCAAGGCCUCCCCAUCGAACGACUGGGACGUUUAGACCAAAGCGCCGCGUUUGCCCCAGUAAAGCCGACAUGA